AAAAUUUGAAUUUAGAGAAUCGGCUGCCCGAGGUGCAUGCGGUUGUUGUGUAUAUAGGCUCCCAUAAAAUGCUGAAUCAUUGGCUCUUCAUCAUUGGAGUGUAUUGAGUUUUUUCAAAUAAUAUUCAUAAGUAUUGUGUAUCAUGCUAUAUCUGAUCUUGUUAUCCUGUAUAAAUAUUUUCUAACUACUAAAUAAUAAAUAAAUAAAUUGUCUAAUAGUUGGAUGAGGUAAUACAUGUGUGACUACCUAUAUGAUGUCAUGUUUAUUUUAAUGAUAUUACCACACUAUCAAACAACCAUCUGAUUGACAAGGCGGCACUGCACGUGAUAGAGAAAUUUCAUCAAUGGAUUAAUUGCGUCGCUGCAUAUUAUAAUCAUACACACUCGACUGCAUUUUCUCUUAGUAUAAUAGAUUGACGUCACCAACUAGAUAGCGGACAAAAAAUAUGCACGCGUGGUCGUUUUUUGAACUACUAUCGGCGUCAUGAAUUGCGAAAUUCCCAGGUCAGAGUACGUCAGAAUGAGCCGAUGCAUGUUUGUAAAUCGACGUGUUCAAAACAAUUUAUGUGAACGAAAAUGCAUAAAUAGAGAGGCAACUUAUCACAGAUAUCAGUAUGAUAUUACUAGUAUCGUAACAAAAUCGACUAGACUUCAAGUUCAACUCUUCAGCAUAAUCAGUUACAUCGCAGCACGAAUCAACUGCAAUUAUAGUCAAUUUAUUAAGAAAUAUAUUUCUAGUAAUAUUCUACUGUGCACGGAGCCACGAGACGCUGAAAAUAUCCAGAUUCCCGAGAUUUCUUUUGAUUUGCUGAAUCCAUUUGAAUUGGACAUUCAUAUUCUAUCGUUGGAUCAGUCUGUUUAUCAUUAAGAUGAUGAACAUUUUAAAGACCACCUUCUGUGACAGCCAAAGCCCAGAAUAUGACAUGGUUAAGACACAUAAUAAAGCAUAUGAAGAAAGACAGUAUAGUUCAUCCAUAUGGGUGUCUGUGGAUACGAUCGUCGAUCCCAUCAUCUCCCCCGACAGCGCUACAACUAAGAGCGACGAAAAUGAACCAUGUUGUAAACUUUUUGGCUACAUCAACGGGCAGAAUGAAGGCAAUCAUCGCAUAGGAAUGACCUUUCCGGUGAUCGAAGAAUUCGUGAUAGAAAAUGGCCCCAAAGGCGAGUCCAAGAAAAUACUCUCGUUCUUUGUUCGUAAAGAGUUUGAAGAAAAGACUCCACUUCCGAUUGAUCCUGAUAUCAAGAUCAACCAGCGACCUUCUAUGACUGUUUAUACAAUGAAAUUCGGCGGUUUUGCCAACGACGAGAAAUGUGUGAAGGAGAAGGAAAAGUUGAUGGCCAUGUUAGAAGCCGAUGGUAUCCAGGUCAAGAGGGAUGUCUUCUACUGUGCUAUCUACAAUACACCCUUUAAGCUUUUCAACAGAACAAAUGAGAUCUGGUUAGUCAAGGAGACGACAGAUCAUGAGAGCAAGGAAGACCAUUUCGUAAAGUCGGCAACCUUAGACGUGGCGCGUGAACAAUAGGCCUCCUCAUUUUUAUUUUUUAACAAGUGCACACCUUGUAACGGUUAAUAUUUAGAGCAUUAUUUUCUAUUUAUCUUAAUGUACUGUAUAUAGGAUAAAAAAGGAGUACACUUUGGUCUUUAUUAAGUGGCCUGCCAGUUGCUCAUGGGCAUGUAGCAUGACUGGGGAUCGAACCCUGCAAUUUCAUUAUGCCUUAGACCAUUCUUCCACGGUACCACCACGAUAAAGUAAUAUUUAUGAUUACUGCACACUCCCCUCCCCGAUUGCCUUUCCUCUCCCCCACUCAGGGAUAAAGCAUGCACAUGUUACAUGUUCCCUUUGAGGUGCAAAUAUUACGGUAAUUUAUGAAGUUUAUUUUAUAAUAAGCGGAAACCUACAUGUAGUAUCCUGAUACCACGUAGAUUUGACCAACGGGAUAGGGGGAGGGGUGAAUAUGCGUGCGAUUUAUAAUGUAAUAAAAACUGAAAUAUCUCUCGUCGCUUCUGAAUCUUUUAACACAUGUGAAUGUGAUAAAUAUUUUUAGGGAAAGAACAAAUAUAAUGAAUUCUACAUUCGUAUUCACAAAGCUUCAGCAGCUAUUUUCAGCUCAUUGUCAGUAAGGAGAAUAUACUAAUAUACGGUAAAGGCCCGUGUUUUUAACAAUUAUGAUAUGACUUGUUUUUGAUAAAUUUAUUUGGAAAUCAUUUACCAUGUACUUCAAUUAAUAAAUGGCUGAUAAGAAGCGGAAUAAGACUAACAUUUGAGGAGUUCUCUAGAGGCAUGCAGUGGUCAGCCAUAUUUUUUUUCCUCAGAAAAUAAAAGAAGAGAAAGGAACAGGGUGAUGUGGCAGAGAUCGAAUAUACAUUAUUGGCGUGAUCAUUUUUAUUUUAUGUAAUAGGCAUGUUCACUGUACAAAUUAUUUGAUGUAUUAUUAAUUAAUUGUUGUAUUUUGUUCUUCAAGUAUCUGAAAUACUAUCACGAUGUACAUAAUUUAUACACACUGUUAAAAAUAAAACUAUAAGCAAACAGUACUUAUUACUGGCAGCUGGGACACACAAACAGUAUGAACUGUUAAAUUACGAUGGGCUGUAAAAAUGCAAAAAUACUGGAUAACCGAAAAAAUAAAUAAAAUAAAAAAACACACUAACAUUCAUUUAACAUGAAAAUCGCCGUUAAUUUACAAAUACGAACAUUAUUUAUAUGAUAGAUGCACUGCAAUCAACGUAAAAACACGAUAGUUCGUUGGUAUUUUUACAAAAAUUAUUAUAUUAUAUUUUACUUUACAUUUAAUUUGUAAUGCUACGUUACAUAUCACUGCAUAAAUACGUUUGGUUUGUUAAAUCAUUGUGUCGUCUUUUUUAAAAGGUAAACAUCCUGUAAAAUUUACGAUUUUUCUUUGUAAAAUUAUUAGUAUUUAUAACAGUACAUGAUUCAAAAUUAUAUCUUUUUAUUAAAAGGUUUGAAUAUGAAUUCAUGGUGUUUACAAUUCAUUCUAUAUUUUUGCAUUUUCUUUGAAGGAUUUACAAAUUCCAAACCCCGCAUACGAAUAUUUAAAUGGAGGCGUUUUUGAAUGACGCAACAUUUUUUGUUAAUGGCCAAAGAAUGAGAAAAUAAUAUUUUUAUAUUAAGAGGCGAGUUAGCUCAGUGAAAGGGUUAAAGAUAAAAAGGGAGUUGAAGUAAGAAUGGGAAAUAUGAAGGGGGCGAGAAGGGGGUAGAUGAAAAGGAGGAGGGAGAGGCAGACAUACAGAGAGAGGAAGAAAGAGACGGACAUCACGGGCAGAGAGGAAUGAGGAGAUGAAAAAAAAAUUAGAAGUGAAAUAAAUGAUUGGGGAUGGGUGCGUUUUUAUGUGAUGAAAAAGGCCCUAGUUUUGCAAAACGCUAUCUGUAAAUUAUUUUUAAAGAAUGAGUAAAGAAUGUAAUAUCAAGAGGCGAGUUAGUUUAGUGAAAGGGAGAGAGAGAGAGAGAGAAGCGGAGGGUGGAAUGGAAAUUAAAAUAAGAAAGAUAAGGAGGGGAGAGUAGGGGAUAAAGGAGGAAAUACAGAGGGAUACAGAGAGGAGAGAGGAAGGGAGAGAGAGGGGAGACAGACAUCAUGGACACAUAGGCCUGUAUUCUGAAGUCAGGUUUAACUUAGACCACGGUCUAACUCUGUGCUAAAAUUAUAGGGAGCAAAAAAAGUUUAAAAAAAUAUGUUUAUAUUGUAUAUUUCUUAUGUUUACUACUGUAUUUUGUUUCCUUUUGCUUUCAUAAUGAAGAAAAAUACUUCAGUUAUCAUUCCCAUACAAUUGUGAACAAUUUAGGUGUCAUAUGAGUUAAUAAAUUGAAUGUGUACUGUUAGGGGAUUU